AUGUACCUACAACGUUCGUUUGGAUGCAGAGGCGGUGGUUCACGGUACUCACGGGGAUACCAACACGCUCCCGCCCGUCCCCCUCCUCCAGUUAUUACUCCUACGCCGCAAAGGAGAUCUAUGUUCAGAGAUGCUGCGUCUAUAGCUGGAGGCGUCACCGUGGGCACGACCAUGGGCCACUUGGCGGGCGAAGCUAUAACGAGCCUGUUUAGUGGUCGUCGUCGAGAAGAAGUAGUGCACGCUUUGCCACGCGACUACCAACUAGGAUCGGAACCAAGCGGCCCAUGCGCAUACGAAAUAUCACAGUUCUUACAAUGUGCGACAAAUAACGAAGACAUCACACAAUGCCAAGCAUUCAAUGAAGCAUUGAAACAGUGCAAACAGCACUAUAGAUUACCCUAA